GCUUGUUGGAAGAUGGCGGAAGCAACGAUUUCAGUAGACCAUGACCAGUUCGGCUGUCCAGUCUGUCUGGAUCUACUGAAGGAUCCAGUGACGACAUCCUGUGGUCACAGUUUCUGUUCGUUAUGUAUUAAUAGUUGCUGGGAUCAAGAAGAUGUGAGUGGAGUUUACAGCUGUCCACAGUGCAGAGAGACUUUGACUCCCAGGCCUGUUCUACGCAGAAACAACAUGCUGGCUGAAGUGGUGGAGAAACUCAAGAGGACGGAUGCCCAAACAGCUUCUUCUUCUCCUUGUUAUGCUGAACCUGAAGAUGUGGACUGUGAUUUUUGCACCGGUAAAAAACACAAAGCCAUCAAGUCCUGUCUGGUGUGUAUGGUUUCUCUUUGUGAAACUCAUGUGAAACCUCAUCUUGAACUACCUGCACUGAAAAAACACACAUUAGUCGAAGUCUUUUCAAAACUAGAAGAAAAGCUCUGCUCACAUCAUGACAAACUGAUGGAGAUCUACUGUCGUACUGACCAAAGCUGCAUCUGUUAUUUGUGUAUGCUGGAUAAACAUAAAGGGCAUGAUACAGUCUCGGCUGAGGCAGAAAGAGACAAAAAACAGUGUGAGAUAAAGGAGACACAGGCGAAAUUCCAGAAGAAAAUCCAGGAGAAGGAGAAGAAGGUGCAGGAGCUGAAACAGGCUAUAAACACUAUUAAGAUUAGUGCACAGUCAACAGUGGACAACACAGAGAAAAUCUUUACUGAGCUGAUUAGCUCCAUGGAGAAAAAGCGUUUGGAGGUGACAGCACAGAUCCGAGAUCGGGAGAAGGCUGAACUGAGUCAGACUGAACAAAUCCUGCAGCAGCUGGAGCAGGAGAUUGCUGAUCUUAGGAGGAAAGUCACUGAACUAGAGGAGCUUUCAAAAACACAUGAUCACAUCCAUUUUCUCCAGAGUUUCCAGUCUCUCUCUCUCUCUUCUGGAUGUAAGGACUCACCCAUCAUCAGUGUCAAUCAACAUCCCAUGUUUGAUAGAGUAAGGGAAUCCGUCUCUUGUCUAAAAAGGCAAUUUGAGGAAUUCAGCAAAGAGAAAUUCAUCGAAAUAUCUAAAAAUGCUGCUGCAGUUCGGAUUACAUUACCCUCAGAACCAAAAAGCAGAGAAGAUUUUCUUCAAUAUUUCUGUGAGUUGACCUUGGAUCCUUACACAGCCCACAGUAACCUUAUUCUGUCUGAGAAGAACAAAGUAGUGGUGUGCAGUGAAGGACAGCAGCGAUACUUGGAUCAUCCAGAGAGAUUUGACAGUCGAUUUCAGGUGUUGUGUAAGGAGAGGAUGUGCGGACAUUCUUACUGGGAGGUGGAGUGGAGCAGCAAAGUGUACAUAUCAGUUUCCUACGAAGGGAUUGGCAGAAAAGGAGGAGGUUACAAUUGUACAUUUGGAUGCAACUGUCAGUCCUGGAGCCUGGAGUGUACUUCCUCCUCUCUCAGUUUUUGGCACAACAACAUUAAGACUAAGCUUACAAUUCCAUCAUCCCCCAGAAUAGGAGUGUUUGUGGAUCACAGUGCAGGAAUUUUGUCCUUCUUUAGUGUCUCUGACACAAUGGAGCUUCUCCACAGAGUCCAAACCACAUUUACUCAGCCCCUCUAUGCUGGCUUACGCCUAUCUAUGAUUGGAUCAACUGUAAGGUUAUGUGAUCCCAAAUAAAAUAAAAAAAUAAGUACAAGGUUCAAAUUAGAAUGUUGAUAUUUCAACUUUGUAUUUAACUCAACAAAUAAUGUUAUAGUGUGUUAAUGUUCUUUUUUUUUUUUACAGUUUACUGGUUAUUAUCACUAAUGUUAUUGGAUAUUUUCUAUCUGCCUUUUUGAAUAUUUACUCACAUUAAUUUUUUACUGAAUGUAUUAUCCAAACCUCUAACAUUGAUUGUAUAUGAUUUUUUGCCAAUGAAUUCAGACUAUUAAAUUAAACAUCCAAGGUGCCUCUGCCACCAUCUUUUAUAAAGUAAAACACAAAUAAAAUUGGUGUGAAAUGAUAACAGAA